GACACCUGACACCUAACAGCAUAUCUAGUAUUGAUGCUAGAGUUCGAUUGUAAAACUUUUUUGCAUGUACUGAUUUGUAUUGUAACCAAUAGAAUAAGAGUUUAUUGUUACAACCGGCUCCCGUGAGGCUUUAGUUUUAACUGAAAACUGAGCUUCAAACAAUAACAACCAUAAGAGAGUCUUCUACAUUAUUCCUGAAGAACUUCCUGAAGAACCUGCGGGCGAGUGAGUGCUUCACGGUUUAGAAUAGAUGCUGAAAAAGGUUGAGUGAAACUUUGAGUUUAAUUCCGGUUGGAGCUGAACUCUUGGUCUUAGUCUGAGUUGGAUAAUCAUCUGCUUCUUUGGAUUCCUACCGACAGCGAUUGGAGUGUGAUUGGAGUGAGUUGAUGGCGGUGGAAAACGUAACACUGAAUAUUCUCCUUUGACUUCUCUGUGGAAAAAGAGACACAAAUCAACUGGACAAAAUCUCACGCAAAUUGCUUUCUCAGGAAUUUCUGAAACGAUGGCUCAACUUAACAUCAGCAUCAAUGACUCAGCUGCAUCCGAUGAAGAUUUACUCUUUAGGAAGUGGAUGGAGUUGGAAAACAUUCUUUUUCAGGAAUGUUAUCCAGAACUUGUAUAUAUCCGUGUCCUUUCAGUCAUUGAGAUCUCAGCCAUGAUCUUAACUCUGAUCGCCUUGUGUUUCAUCAUCAAAUCCAGGCCUGCUGCUUCGGUUUUUGUUAGUAAUUUAAUACUUUCAGAUCUCGUACAGGUCAUUAGUAUAUUGAUAGCAGCAACAAUCUCAUGGAAAGGUAUGCUGCUUGCUGCAUAUAACUAUUCUUUGAUGGUGGGUCUGUAUUUUAUGACAUGUGUUGCUUUUGAACGAUAUCUUCUGAUUUGUCAUCCUAUCUGGUACAAAUCUCACCAAUCACUCAAACUCUCUUGUUUUAUUUCUGUGAUCAUCUGGUUUGUGCCUCUAACCUGUGCAGAAAUAUACCCUUAUAUUUAUUUGAGACCUCUGCCAAUGCUUAUAGCCUGUUUAAUUCCUUAUCCCAUAAUCAUUCUCUGUUUUGCUGGCACUUGUCGAGGUCUUUCUCACGCAAUAUCACUGACUGCUCAGAAGCGCAAAUCAAUUUUGGGCAUUUUGUUCCUGGUGCUGUUGACUUACACAUUUCUUGUUCUUCCUUAUGUGUUUAUGCUUUUUAUUGAGAAUUAUUCAUUGUAUUACUACGGUAAUUACUUUUUUGUUGAGAAAAUGUACCGCUAUGCACGAAUGAUUGUGUGUCUGAAUCCACUUGCUGACUGUUUUCUGUACAUGUUCAUAAGGCCUGAUGUUGGUAAUUUGUUAAAAAAGUCUGUUUGCUGCUGUCGUAGACGUCAGAGUUGGAAACGAAACCAGGACGAACACUCUGUAGUGAAUCCACAAAACAGCUGCCCUUCUGUAGUGUGCUGUAUUUCAGCUCAAAAGCCUUCAUCUCAUUCACUGAACACCGGCAGCUCAGUUUAACCUGCUGCUAAAUGAGCUGUUUUAUUUAAUUGUAAUCAGUGUUAAUUUUAAAAUUGCAUGAAUAGUUUCUAGUUUAAUUCUGUCAUGACAUUUAAGCUUGUUAGCCCCUACAGCAAAUUAUCAUCAUCACCACAUCCCAUCUACUAUCUCUGGCAUGUGCACAUGAAAAGUAUAUAUGUGUUAAAUUAAGUGAACUUUACAAAUGUAUUAAAUAUUUUGCAAUCUAAAGAGCUUAAUGAGCUUGUUGUGCACCGUAUAGAGGAGGUGUUCAACUGUAAUUAUGAAGCUAUGGGAAUACUGUACAUUUCAAUAAUUUCUCUAUUCUGCAUCAGUAUCCUGUGUCAUUAUCAAGAGUAUUGCAUAAGCAUGCAUGUGAUGCUGCAUUCUCAAAACCUUGGAAAGGUGAAGAUUAAA